CUCUUUUUCUAGAGAACCGUCACAAAGAAAGGACGUGUGCGCAACAUAGCCACUGAGUUUAGAUUGCCGUCGCUAAAUCAGAAAAAUAUCGUUGUUUUCGGUCAAAAUAACAUACAUACAUUGAUAAAUUUGUAUUAAACAACACGGUACGCCACCAAACACAUAAAAACAACCAGUAAAUUAUAAUUCACUUUGUGUAUCGCGUGUUUUUUUUACGUAUAUACAAACAUAAAUAAAUAUCCACCCAUCUAUUAGACGGAACUAAUUAGCAACAUACAUUAAAAAUGCCCCAAAAGACUAACGGACAUGUAGUCGCCAAUGGCUUCAAUGGCAGCAAUGGCAAUUCCUACGACAUGGAAGAUGGACAAACAUUUCUAUUCACUUCAGAAUCUGUGGGUGAAGGACAUCCUGACAAAAUGUGCGAUCAAAUCAGUGACGCUAUUCUAGAUGCUCAUCUAAGACAAGACCCAAACGCAAAAGUUGCUUGUGAAACUGUUGCCAAGACGGGCAUGAUUCUGCUUUGUGGUGAGAUCACAUCAAAGGCUGUUGUCGAUUACCAGAAAGUUGUGCGCGAGACAGUGCAGCAUAUUGGCUAUGAUGACUCUUCAAAGGGUUUUGAUUUUAAAACGUGCAAUGUGCUUUUGGCAUUGGACCAACAAUCUCCCGAAAUUGCCGCCGGAGUGCAUGUUAACCGCGCAGAGGAAGAGAUCGGUGCUGGAGAUCAGGGUAUUAUGUUUGGCUAUGCUACUGAUGAGACCGAGGAGUGUAUGCCCCUGACAGUUGUUUUAGCGCACAAGCUAAAUGAAAAGAUCGCCGAGCUGCGCCGUUCUGGUGUGUUUUGGUGGGCCCGUCCUGAUUCUAAGACGCAAGUCACCUGUGAAUAUUUGUUCAACCAGGGCUCGGCGGUCCCCAAGCGCGUGCAUACCAUAGUUGUUUCCAUGCAGCAUUCAGAAAAAAUCACUCUGGACACAUUGCGCACCGAGGUGAUGGAGAAAGUAGUAAAAGUUGUCAUUCCCGCCAAAUACUUUGAUUCUAAUACCAUUGUCCACAUCAACCCAUGCGGACUGUUCGUGAUUGGCGGCCCUAUGGGUGAUGCGGGAUUGACUGGUCGUAAAAUCAUUGUGGAUACAUAUGGCGGCUGGGGUGCACAUGGCGGUGGUGCGUUUUCGGGCAAAGAUUUCACGAAAGUCGAUAGGUCUGCAGCUUACGCAGCUCGAUGGGUGGCCAAAUCAUUAGUCAAGGCUGGCUUGUGUAAACGCUGUCUAGUGCAGGUAUCUUACGCUAUUGGUUUGGCAGAACCACUGUCAAUCACUGUUUUCGACUACGGCACCUCCCACAAGACCCAGAAGGAGUUGCUCGAUAUUAUUAAACGUAAUUUUGACUUAAGACCUGGAAUGAUCGUAAAAGAUCUUAAUCUGCGCCAACCCAUUUACCAGCGCACCAGCACAUACGGACAUUUUGGACGCGAUGGUUUCUCGUGGGAACAGGCAAAGCCUUUGGAAAAUAAUUGACUAGACGCUGACAAAAGGCAACUGUUGUCGCCCCUUGCAAAGAGGUCAAAAACGUCGUAUGUCGCAUUAAGCACAGCGACAUAAUUUUGAGUUUUACCUAAAAGAGUAAGCAAUGGAAAUCCAAGGCUUAGCUCGUUUGUAUGGCUUUUUACUCUUAAAUCAUCUACCGCACUUUAUUUUAAUUAUUUAAAGUAGAUUUUUGUGUGUGUGCUGUCUCUAAAUACAGUGCAAAUAUUUUGUUUUA